UUUUGAACUUUUUACCGUUUAUAAUUUUUUUCUCCCUCAAACACACAGUUCACACACUAAUCUUCACUUGAAAUACACUCAUACGCCAGGAGUUAGCAGAUCCUUCAAACUUCUUCAACAUUGCCAAAUGCUGCGAUGUACGUGAAUUCUGCUUUUGGAUCUGCAAAUGCACUUUGAAGUGAUCGGUUGGAAUUUGGGCAUUGUCUGUUGUUCGAUUGAAAUUAGCCAAGCUAGGUCAGUCGUUGAUUUCAUCCUGGAUUGGGACAACACCUACCUAAUUAUAGUUUAGCAUAUAAUGAACUGGGGAAGACACCCUGAAGAACAUUGCCAACGUGUUGGAAUUGGCAUAUUCAUAUAUUUGUCAAAUAAAUAUGGAAAGUGACAGGACAAGCAAUAAAACCCUGUCGGAUGGUGACAGAGAUGGUAUACGAAGACCUCGACAUUUACAUGGGAGAACAAGUGGCCCGACACGGCGUUCCACAAAGGGACAAUGGACAGAAGAAGAGGAUGAGAUAUUGCGGUUGGCUGUUCAACAGUUCAAAGGAAAAAAUUGGAAAAAAAUAGCGGAACGUUUCAAGGAUCGAACAGAUGUACAAUGCUUACACAGGUGGCAGAAAGUUCUCAAUCCAGAUCUUGUUAAAGGUCCAUGGUCGAAAGAGGAGGAUGAAAUAAUAAUUGAAAUGGUGAAUAGAUAUGGGCCCAAAAAGUGGUCUACCAUAGCACAACACCUUCAUGGACGUAUCGGAAAGCAAUGCCGAGAAAGGUGGCACAAUCAUCUGAAUCCCAACAUAAACAAAGAAGCCUGGACACAAGAUGAGGAGUUGGCUUUGAUUCGUGCCCAUCAAAUUCACGGGAACAAGUGGGCAGAGUUAACCAAGUUUUUACCGGGAAGAACGGACAAUGCGAUAAAAAAUCAUUGGAACAGUUCGGUCAAGAAGAAACUGGACAUAUAUUUGUCUUCAGGAUUGCUCUCUCAGUGCCAAGAUCUUCCACUCGUCACAUAUCAGUCAACAGCUGCUGCUUCCUCCUCUCUAAAGGCUCCACAAAGCAGUGAAGAUGAUAGUGUCAUGAAAGGCGGAGUGGAAUUAGAGGAAGCAUCCGAGUGCAGUCAAUCUUCGGCUUUAGCCUCUAUGUCUCGAGUUCGACCCACAAAUAACACAGUUGCACUAGCAAAUGCAACUGAAGAAUUGAACCCAUUUCCUAGUUCCGAAGAUUACCGUCCCCAGUUUCAACAAGACGCGUCUGCCGUGCCAGAGACACUCUGCGAACAAUUUCGGGAAAGCGGCCUCUCUCUGGAUUGGGGGGCUUUCAUGGGGAAAAACUGGCAAUUUAAUCCAAAUGAACUACCAGACUUGUCACUGUUCGACCUGGUGCAAGAUUCCGGAAUGUUCUUGACGGCUUUGGGCAGCCACAAUAACCUCGAAGCAUUACCCCCACAAGAACCUUCCUUGCACCCGGAGCCUGGUCUUGUUAGAGACCCCGAGCAGGAACACCUGUUACUACAUUCUGCCAAAUUUCAGAUAAAUGAAGAUGGGACUUUUGGGCCACAAUCCCAAUCGUUUUGUCUUCCACCCGAUAUACUGGACAGCUCAUUCACUGAAUCUGUCCCAUUUCCAGAUCAAAUCCCUACUUCUGACGGGACACUCGUGUUCGGAAAAUAUUCACACGAAAAUGCCGAGCAAGCUUGCAAUCAGCCAAGUGACAUACAUGACGAAUUAAUCAACCCUACUAAAGAUUCAGACAACUCUAACGAGAUCAAAGAGCCGCCUAAACUCGUCCCUACCAACAAUUUUGUCAUGCCACUGGUGAAUGAUCCCGAGCGCAGUCCCUCUGGGGAGAAAAAAAACGAGCGCAAGGACUCGGGGACCCUAUUUUACGAGCCACCCCGAUUUCCGAGCCUGGAUGUACCGUUCUUCAGCUGCGACCUCAUGCCACCUGGCGGCGACAUGCAUCAGGAGGAGUACAGCCCGCUUGGCCUCCGUCACGUGAUGGCAUCCAUGGCUACUCCUUUCAGGAUGUGGGACCCGCAAUCUAGGGAUGAGAAUAGUUUUAGUCCGGAUGUUAUCUUGAAGAGCGCUGCUCGGACUUUUACGGGCACACCCUCAAUACUGAAGAAGAGGAACCGGGACUUGGUUUCCCCCCUGACGGAGAAGAGGGGAGAGAAGAAGCAGGAGCCGUUUUUUGACUCGUGCGGAAGUUUCUCCCGACUAGAGGUUAUGUUUGAUGAGUGUGUGGAUAAAGAAAAUGCAGGCCUUGGGGAUUGUGGAAAGGAGGAGAAUCAGGGGCAUAACAGUGGCGGGGAGUGUUUGGACGAGAGAGAUGGAAAGAGUGUAACCACCAGUGUCAGGACAACAGCUGGGGAAGAUGAUGCAGUGGAGAAGGAGAAUGGUUUUUCUGGAAUCCUUGUCGAACACAAUGUAAAUGAUAUGGCGUUCUUUUCUCCGGAUCACUCUAGAGUCAAGACAGAUAGACCCAUUGUUCUAAGUGCCCGAGCUCUCGGGAAACGAUGUUCCCGGAGAGUGGACCCGGGUAUUUCUGUCCUUUGUUCUCCUCGACUGUGUGCAAAGGACGGGACCAAUUUGAUCAUAGCUACAUCUCAUCAAUCCGUGAGUCCUAAGAAGAAAGUUGAAAGUUUGGACAGAGGUGUAACUUCUGAAAAUAAUAGUAGCAUAUUCAUAGAUACACCAUUCAAGAGGAGUAUAGAAUCUCCUUCAGCAUGGAAGUCCCCCUGGUUUCUUAACACUUUUGUUCCAGGCCCCAGAGUCGAUACCGAUAUUACAAUCGAGGACAUUGGCUACAUCUUGAGCCCGGAGGACAGAAGUUAUGAUGCCCUCGGGUUAAUGAAGCAAUUAGGCGAGCAGACUGCCAGAGCAUUUGCCGAUGCUCAGAAUGUUUUGGGAGAAGAAACUCCCGAAACAAUAAUGAAGGGGAAAUGCUUCGUGGACCGCCAUGCAGACAAGGGGAACCAUUGCAGCUCGAGUUCACUUACGGAUCAUCACAUUUUGGCUUCAAAUUUCACGGAAAGGCGAACGCUAGACUUUAGUGAAUGUGGUACGCCUCGAAAAGAAGCUUGGAAAGUGUCGAGUGGCAUAAAAUUCUCGAGUUCGUCUGCAUAUCUGUUGAAAGGUUGCAGGUCCAUCCAGCAGUCUGUCUCAUCAUGCUUGUUCAUUGUCCAG